AUGGAGGAGCGGAGCAAAUUUAAAGAAUUGCCCAUCAAGCCACAUGGCAUCAUAUGGGAAGAUGAGUUCAUCGACGUUGAACAUGAGCAGCGACUUAUCUCCAUCUUCCUUAACGAGCUGAAAUGGCCCGAUCGCCCCGGUCGGAUAUCUCUUCACUACGGCUAUACUUUCGACUAUAAAACUUUCGGCAUAGAUCCAGAGAUCCCUUACAAGGAGUUUCCCGAGUGGCUUCAGCCUCUUAUCCCAACUACGGAAUCCCGACCUCCGGACCAGCUCUACGCACUUUCUCUUGGUGCACCAGCUCUGAUGCAGUUCCGCAGGGGCGAGGAGCGGAUCGAGGUGGAUCUCAAACCAAGGAGCAUGAUGCAGAUGUCAGGGGAUUCAAGGCUGCAUUGGACACAUGGUAUCAAGAAGCGCAAAAAUGAUACGCUUCCGAAUGGGACUGUGAGACCACGUGAGAAUCGAUGGAGUAUCACAUAUCGGUGGCUUCGGGAAGGGGGCGAGUGUGAGUGUGGCAAUCUUCAACAUUGCGAUACCGCUCAGCGGCGAAAUGGAACCGAGAGAGAGAAGAGAUCUGUGCUGGAGCUUGCAGCAAAGGCAAGUGCCGAGGAAUCUAUAGUCUGA